AUAUGGAAUACUAAUUAAGAUAUGAACAAAUAUAAGGUCUAGGUUUGAGAGCAUUCACUCUUAACCACUUUUCUAAGACAGAACCAUGUGAACUCUUAUGUGUAUGGACCCCAAUCCUUAACCACUUCAACAACCUUUCAUUCAUGAAAUAGUUUUCCAACAAAGAGCCUUCAGAUCUAUAAAUACAAAAACUCAUUGGCACUUCUAAGCAUCAAAACUAAAAUACAAUCUUCUCUUAAACUUGAGAACUUUUUUUCAUUGUUCUUCUUUUUACAUAUUAUACACUGAAAAUGGGUUUCCGUUUGCCUGCUAUUCGAAGAACAUCAUCGUUCUCAGCUAGGCAAGCAGCUUCAAAAUCUGUAGAAGUCCCAAAGGGGUAUCUUGCAGUGUAUGUCGGAGAAAACCAGAAGCGUUUUGUGAUCCCCAUUUCAUAUUUGAACCAACCUUCAUUCCAAGACCUGUUGAGUCAAGCUGAGGAAGAGUUUGGAUAUGAUCAUCCCAUGGGAGGUCUCACAAUUCCUUGCACUUUCUAUUGUUUUUCUUCUCACAUAUUUACACAAAAGAUGGGUUUCCGUUUACCUAUUAUCCGAAAGGCAUCAUUCUCUGCUAGCCAAGCGGCUUCAAAAUCUGUAGAAGUCCCAAAGGGGUAUCUUGCAGUGUAUGUUGGAGAAGAACAAAAGCGAUAUGUCAUCCCAAUUUCAUACUUGAAUCAACCUUCAUUCCAAGACUUGUUGAAUCAAGCUGCGGAAGAGUUUGGAUAUGAUCAUCCCAAGGGAGGUCUCACAAUUCCUUGCAGUGAACACGUCUUCCAGCAAAUCACUUCUCGUUUGAAUUGACGAGGAAACUUACACUGUAGGAGACUGACAUAGAUUAAUAUACAUUUUUGUACAAUAGAUUAGUAUUGAUAUCAGAAUGACAAAUUCCUUUUUGUAUGAUGAAAAUUGAUAAUGAAUUCAAUUACCCAACUACUUUCUUUGCCAAUACAAAUAUUCGCACUCCCAACAAGUAGGAGCUUAUAUGAGCAGAGCUACUUGCUUUAAGAACACCAUAUUUGACUGUUUGAAUAAAUUUUGAAGGCGAGAACUGAAUUCCUUAUCCUAGCAUAUAUAGAGCUAGAGAAUUUUUCCUAAGACCUGAGAGAAAGAUAAAUAUCUCGGUGAAAAAAUUGUUUUUGUGAUUGAAGUAACGGAUGCCAAUAACUAUAUGCAUACCUAUAGAUUUUCUCUCUUAUUCUCAGCUAUAGUUUUAGCUAUGCCUUGAAUUCCCAAAAUUCGACGAUCAAGGCUGUAUUUAUGAGAUUUCAUUGCUACAUGUUGUGAAGGUCAACUACAGUGCUCUACGAUUCCAUAUUUUUCUCAUUCUAAUGAGCUUAGUGGCCGAAUUGGAAAAUUUUGAAAGAACAAAAAAAAUCACGUUAUAGGAAAACUAGAAGUUCUAUGUUAUUUGCCUAUUAAA